CACGGCCAUGCUUUUUGGGGGAGGGAAGCAUACUGCAUUAACGCCGGAAACAUGCCAGAAAGGAAUGACUGGUGAAAGGGGUCCACCCGGUUGAACGGAGUGAAACGGCAUGAUGCGCGUAGUUGCUCCAAUAUCAUUAGUGGCCAAUUUAAGGUGUGAAUUUUAAGUUUUGCACUGCUGUGUAUUGUGUUGUUCUAUUGUGUGUAUGUGUGUGUGUGGUUGAGUGUUCGUGUGUCUAUAUAAGCAACUUAAUACGAAGAAAGAAAACGAAAGCAGUUCGAACGCAGCGAUCCAGCGAUCCCAACACUUGAAGAUUGCGGUCAUCAUCGAAAUCAAAAACACUACAGGAACAGCAAGAAGUGAUUCUUACCAUAAAAUGCAGUCCAUUAGGAUUGCAGCGUUUGUGCCCCUUUUGCUGGUUCUGCUGCUGGCAGUACUGGUCGACGGAUGGCCAUAUCCACGGCCAUUACCGCAAAACUUAAGACGACUGCCGAGGCGGAACGAUUUUGUUGCUUACAAUUUGCACCGCAUCAUACGACCGCGCGAUGUUAACGAUCUGGAUGUUGAUCAGGCGCGAAAGGCCAUGCACGAUGUGCACGAAACGAUCGCUGAAGUACAACGGCUGCUGGCUCUCGAUCCUUCGCUUCCUAGACUGACCAGGGGAGAAAUCGAGGAAUUGUUCGAAAAUGUAACGCGGGAAGAGUUUGCCAAAUCGCUACGUGCUGGAGAUCACCAUCGGGCGCAGCAUAUGCGUGCGCUCAUGCUCGUUCUGCCAUACCAUGCGAACAACAUGUCGCCGGAAAAUAUGCAAAAGAUAUACACCCGUCCACCAGUGACUCGAAUUGUUGGGGCCGGUACCAACACGAAACCGAUCAUUGCCGAAACGCUACCAAUAACGCCGGCACGGUUUAUCGCGAGCACUACUACUGCUACUACUACAACCACCUCGACUGCUGCAGCGACAACAUCUGGCCCGCGCACAACGACUGCUGCCAUCCCGGUAACAACAAUCCGUUAUACAACGCCGCGUCCAACUACUUUCCAUCCAACGCUACCAGAACGGAUGCGCGAUCCUACUCAACGAAAGGAAAAUUUAAACGACCUUCUUGCCUCGAUCGGAUUGUCGCAAAGCUCAGAGGAACUUUCCACCCCUCCGACGUUCCGCCCAUUACCAGCCGCUAUGACGACCAUAGCAUCAUCCACUUCGUCUUCGUCAGCACCGGAAGACCCCGUUAACAAUGCGAUCAAUGUGGAUGAUCCGAAAGUGGCGCAAGAGCUAAAAGAUCUGUUGCGAUCGUUCGGUUUGCUGAAGGAUGGGGACAGUGCUGUCAGUGCGAAUAGUCCACUACCACACGCAGAACGACUGGUCGACAUACAACCGGCAGCACUGGUACUGCACGAACCGCUUAAGGUGGAAGAAUCGACACCAACGAUUGAGGAACCGAAAAAGCUAACGGUCGAAAAUACUGGAGGGCUCACGCAAGCUAACGUUAAACCGGAUGAUUAUGUUGCCUUUAAACCUCUACCGAUCGGCGCAUCUUCGGAUGAUGAGGAUGCAAAACCGAUAGACGAAGAGCUGGAUGCUUUACUAAAGUCCUUCGGUUUGCGUGGUCCUGGGCCACGCAACAAGAAAUCGAUGCAUCCGGAAGUGACUCAAAAACCACCGAUGGUGAUGAAAUCAGUUCCGUCUAUCGAUGCAGAUCUAGUAGCACCACAGCUAAUGUCCGUGCUGGGGACGCUAGGCAUACAAAUGAAACCUGGCCAACAGCAAGCUUCACUAUCCACGGGAGCGACUCCGUUAGUUCGGAGAAGGGAGAAAACACCGCGUAAACUAGAACCACCGGUGGAUCAAACUCCAUCCGCAGCACAUUUACGCGUCAGUAAUGAGGAUUACCGGAAGUUAGAACAGCUAUGGCAAACGGUUAAACAACUCGAGAAACUGAACACAUCCCUUACGGACGAUUCCCUUGAUGUACUCAAUCCGAAACAUUACAAUUUAAGUCCAUCGCUACUGGCACAGGGGCCCGAUCCGCUACUCGAUGGCAUUGGUGAUCGUGAAAGACUGAACGAGAUCAAGAAGCGUCAGGAGCCGGCCACAUCUACUACUACGACUACUUCGUCGGAUCUGACUGAUGAUGGUGUGGCAACGGAGAGUGACAGUCCCUUCCGUUUCAGUUUACAGCUUAACACUAGCGGAAGUGGUACAACGAGUGAUGAUACCGAACAGGAUGAUUCAACAGCUAAGACAACGACCAGUGACAUCACACCUGACACGACGACGAACUCCCCCAGUACCACUGCCUCUCCAACUACCACAACGACGGAGAGUGCCCGCAAUGCUGCAUUGGAAGACUCAUUUCCCUCAUCCGAUCUAGCCGGAGAUCCUGUAAAUGAGGAACCGCUACCACCACCACGUCGAAACGGAUUUUACUUUUUGUACGACUGGAACUCAUUCUUGGAGGUGGGCGAGGAACCGAACAAGGUCAUUAUCCGUUACAACCCACAGGCAGGCGAUCCGAGCCGCUUCCUACCGGUCACUGUACCGUAGAGAUGAAACUUUAAAAUUUGGGUCACACUGAAAAGGCCAGGCUGUAAAAAGGAAGUUAAAACAAUUGUGGAUAAACUUAUACACAUCCCAUGGGUUUUAAGAAGGGACCGAUUAGUGUACAUAGUUAAGCUUCCUUUGCUCUGUAGCGCGUAACGAGUAGAACUAAAUUAUCCCUUAUUUAUUAUCCUUCCGGUACUUUUUUUCUCUCUCGGAGGAGCAAAAAGUGUUUCUCUUUUGAAGUGGGGUGCCACAGGAAGGAAUGGAAGCUAGGGAGCUUCUGGUACAUGUAAGCAAGAUUAGCAAGAUUUCGCUGUGCACAGUGGGUAUGAUAGAAUUAGCUUUAUGGAUACGGGGUUCGUAAUAGAGUAGAAUUAAAUCUCCUCGCAAUCGCGACGGAUGAAGAGCAUGAUUUUAACGUCAGCAUACGAUAAUACGUUUUGUAUAGAAUCGCACAACAAGGUUUGAAUUAUGGGAGCCAAUGAAACUAACUAAGCUCAUGAAAAUAAAGUAUAAC